GCAGGUGGGCGCGGCAGAAGACGAAAGCAAACCCUAGCAGCUGCCUUCGCCUCCUCCUCCCUCUCCCUCUCGCCUGCGUUUGUCUCCUCUUCUUGUCUCGCCAGCAGCCGCCGUCCGUCGGUUCGCCAUCUCUUCCUCUCGUCCGGCCGUCCCUUCUAUCUUCGCCGGCCAACUGACUGCUGUCGCAGGCGCGGCGUCUGUAGUUCUCCGAUUUAAGACGGUGUUGUGAAAGGAAGAGUGGAAGAUGGGUCACUCGAACGUCUGGAAUUCGCAUCCAAAGAACUAUGGUCCUGGCUCUCGUGCCUGUCGCGUGUGUGGUAACCCUCAUGGCCUGAUCCGCAAGUAUGGGCUCAUGUGCUGCAGGCAGUGCUUCCGCAGCAACGCCAAGGAAAUUGGCUUCAUUAAGUAUCGCUGAAAGAUUUUGGUUUCUCUUGUAUGGAGAUUUUGCUGAAGUAUAAUGGUACUGGUUGUUUUCUAUGUUUAGAGUAAUUUGAUGAUUGAUCCAGUUUUGGAUUUUGGAGACAAACCCGUUAUAGUUAGAAUGGCAUUGUGUGCCUUAGCUUAAUAUUUUGAACCUGUUUUUUUUUAUGGUCCCAGAAUUUCUGGCAUCAGAUCUACUGAGGUUUUAAUUAUAUGUUGGAUCAGUGAUAUAUUGAGAAGCAGUUGGCUUCUCCGUCGGUUUUCUGGAACAAUACAUACAUUUUAAGUUUAA